GUAUUCACAUUUAUCCCAACACACACCAUAAUUAUCACAAUCAUCUUUCUCAAUUCUUGAAAAAAAAAAAAAAUUCAACUAAAUGCUCAUACAAACCAAGAAAAAAUAAAAAAAAUGUCCAAAAUAAUAACACCCAAAAUCUCAUUUUCCUUUCUGAUAUUCCUGUUGUUGAUAACACAUGGAAAUUCACAGCAAAAUUCAGAUCAAGAAAAGGCCAUUUUACUCAACUUACAAAAACAUUGGUCUAAUUCACCUAAUGUAACCAAAUGGGAUGUUACAUUAGACCAUUGUACAUGGCCUGGAAUUCGUUGUAAAAACAAUUCAGUUUCAGGUAUUCAACUAACUCAUGGUAAUAUAUCAAAACCAAUUCCAAAAUUCAUUUGUUAUCUUAAAAAUCUCAGUUUUCUUGAUUUGAGUUUUAAUUUCCUCCCUGGAAAUUUCCCUGAUAUUUACACCUGCACUAAUCUUGAAUACCUAGACCUGUCUUACAACUACCUGAAUGGUACUCUCCCUGAUGAGAUUAACCGUCUUUCGGUUAAUCUUAAGUACCUUAAUCUAACUGCUAAUAACUUCAAUGGUGAUAUACCUAAAGUUAUUGGUGGAUUAAGAGAGUUGAAGGUUCUUGAACUCGCUGCGAAUUUGUUUGACAGAUCUUUUCCUGAAGAGUUAGGUGAUUUGGUGAAUCUUGAGAAGCUCGUGUUGAGCUUGAACAGGUUUGCUCCACAAGGGAUACCGUCGAGGUUCACUCAGUUGAAGAAGUUGAAAUAUUUUUGGAUGACGGAGGCGAAUUUGGUGGGAGAUAUACCAGAAGGUAUUGUUAAUAUGACAAGUCUUGAGUAUUUGGACUUGUCUAUUAAUAGGUUGAGUGGUAGUAUUCCAGCUGGUUUGUUUCAGCUCAAGAAUCUGAGUGUUGUGUUUUUGUAUAACAACAGAUUGUCCGGGAUCAUUCCGCAAUCUGUUAUGUCAAUGGAUUUGGAUGUUGUUGAUCUGUGUAACAACAGUUUGAUUGGGAGGAUACCGGAGGACUUUGGGAAGUUGAUGAAGUUGACUGGAUUGUCGUUGUUUUACAAUCAGUUGUCCGGUGAGAUACCGAUGAGUAUUGGGAAGUUACCAUCACUGGUGAAUGUUAAGUUGUUUGGUAACAAUUUAUCAGGCGAAAUUCCGCCUGAUUUUGGUCGAUUUUCGAAUCUUGAAGACUUUCAAGUUUCAGAAAAUCGACUUGUCGGUAAGUUACCUGAGGGGAUUUGUAAUAACAAGGUGUUAUCUAAGAUGAUUGCUUUUGGGAACAAUCUUGAAGGUGAAUUGCCAGUUUCACUUGGAAGUUGUGACAGUUUGAAGUCUCUUCGAGUUGAGAAUAACCGUCUUUCUGGUGAUAUACCAGAUGGAUUGUGGAGAGGAGAGAAGUUGUCGACGGUUACGAUGAAUGAUAACUCGUUCACCGGUCGACUUCCACGUAGAGUGGGAUCGAAUCUAUCGCGAGUUGAUAUCAGCAAGAACAAAUUUUCGGGGGAAUUACCAAGUGGAAUGGGUACUUGGUACAGUCUAAGUGUGUUCAGGGCAAGUAAUAAUCUCUUAAGUGGUCAAAUCCCUCAAGAAUUGACUGUUCUUCCACAACUAACUCAACUUUUUCUUGAUGGUAAUCGACUUACCGGAGAAUUUCCCUCGAAUAUAUCGUCGUGGAAGUCACUUGUCACUUUAAAUAGUAACAGAAAUCAGUUAUCAGGUCCUAUUCCUGCUGCACUUGGCCUUUUACCAAGCCUGAUUGAUUUGGACUUGUCAAGUAAUCAAUUUUCAGGUGAUAUUCCAGCUGAAUUAGGUAACUUGAAGUUAACUUCACUUAACCUGUCGUCCAAUCGCCUGUCGGGUAGAAUCCCAGCUCAGUUGGAGAAUGCAGCUUUCGGUAGGAGCUUCUUGAAUAAUCCCGGUCUUUGUGCAAGUAAUCCAUCGGUAGGACUCGCGGCUUGUAAGGGGGAAAACAAGUCGGACAAGUUUCCGGUUGGACUUGUUGCUGCUCUAGCUAGUGUAGCAGCAGUUACUUUGCUGGUGGCAAUUCUAUAUGGCCUGUUUGUGUGGAGAAGUCACAGAAAAAGAAAGCAAGAAUUAGUUUCGACAUGGAAACAAACGUCGUUCCAUAAGUUAGACUUCACAGAAUCAGACAUUAUAUCCAGUCUGACCGAAAACAAUGUAAUUGGAAGUGGAGGAUCAGGACAGGUUUACCUUGUUCCCUUACGUCGAUCAGGCGAUUAUGUUGCUGUAAAGAGGAUUUGGAGCAGCCAAAGGUUGGAUCUCAAGCACGAGAAACAGUUUCUUGCAGAAGUUCAGAUACUAGGCACGAUUCGACACUCCAAUAUAGUAAAACUCCUAUGCUUCAUCUUCAACGAAGAGUCGAGACUUCUUGUCUACGAAUAUAUGGAGAAUAGGAGCUUGGAUAUAUGGCUUCACUCGAAGAAGAGGUUGAACAUUGCCUCGGCAUCAGCACCACAUCUACUCUUGGAAUGGCCUAAGAGGCUGCAAAUCGCAAUAGGAGCUGCUCGCGGUCUUUGCUACAUGCACCACGACUGCUCACCGCCUAUUAUUCAUCGUGAUGUGAAGUCAAGCAACAUCCUAUUGGAUAAUCAAUUCAAUGCCAAAAUCGCAGAUUUUGGCCUUGCCAGGAUGUUACUCAAGCCCGGAGAUAACACGGUGACAGCUGUAGCUGGCUCUUUCGGGUACAUUGCCCCAGAGUAUGCUCGGAAAACUAGAGUGACGGAGAAAAUUGAUGUGUAUAGCUUUGGAGUCAUACUUUUGGAACUGGUGACCGGAAAAGAAGCCAAUCUCGGAGAUGAAGAUUCAUGUCUUGCAGACUGGGCGUGGCGCCACAUUCAAAAAGGAAAACCUAUGGCUGACGCGUUGGAUGAGGACAUCAAAGAAACGCGAUACUGGGAAGAAAUCUUCAUUGUGUUUAAGCUCGGAAUCUUUUGCACCAGCACAUUCCCUUCAUCAAGGCCUACAAUGAAGGAAGUUCUGCAAAUCUUGAUCCAAUGUAGCAGCAACAGUUCACCUACAUCUGGAGAAAAGAAAAAUGAAACCGAACAUGAUGUUUCGCCACUCCUCAAAAAUUCAAGGAGGGAGAAGAUCGAAGAAAAUGACGGUGUUGGUUUUACAUCACUCAUUUGAUGGCAUUACAAGUAUCGCUAACUGAUAAAGUUGCUGCAUUGUGAUCAGGAAGUCACUGGUUUCAAGCUGUAUAAGACUAUGUACAAUAGACCCUUGUGGUCCGACCAACCCUUAGUGCACUGGGCUGCCUUUUUUUUUUUCACGAUAUGAUUAUAGAGUAAGAAAUAGCAAAGAAUAAGACCAAAAGAUAAUGUAUUAGGCAGUGAACACUAGCAUUGUACAUUGUGCAUCAGAUUCAUAGUGUUUGCUUUAAUAUUAUUCUGCUACAAAAGUUUUGCUUUACCAA